ACAGAGGCAAAAGCAGCAAGAGGAAGAUGCCAAAGAAGCUCUGGAAAAUGGAGAAGAAGACGAAGAGGAAUUGCGAAGUCUGCUGCUUUGAAGGAAGAAGGUGGGAUCAUCAAAAUUGAUUUCAACGUCGGUAAGUCUGAUCGCAGCGUCUUGAGAGUCUCCGGCAAGCGCGUAAAAAGAAUGCUUGCUAUGCGCUCUGAAUCGAAUACAGCAUUGUGCAAAGUUUCCACUGCAAUCGAUUCUUAUAUCGUGAGGUGUUGUGUAAAAGGUUCUCUCUUGGAGGUGAACGAGAGGUUAAUCAAGCAGCCUCAACUUCUUAAUUCAUCGGCUGAUCGAGAAGGAUAUAUUGCGAUAAUCAUGCCAAGGCCUGCAGACUGGACCAAAAACAAGGAAUCACUGAUCACCUUGGAGGAGGAGUAUCAAGAAAAGAAACAAGUGUCUCUGUGAUACAGUUUUGAGAAACCACGGUUGACUUUCUUUGGGAACCGUGUUUGAUCUGAAGCUGAUGAUGAUUUGGCUUUAA